UAACUACUCUGCAUACCGCUCUCAGUCGUGAAGAGAAACACUUUGAAAAUGGGGUUAACAAUGGUCGUUGUGCUCCAUGGGAUGUUUCUGGCCUCCCUACCACCCGGCGUCCCCGUCUCGUCAAGAGGGGAAUGUGUGUACAGAUGUUACUAUCAGAAGGACUGUUCCUCCCUCUUCUACGAUGUUAGCACCAACCUGUGCCAGCUGUCUACUGAAGUGUACCUUGAACGCGACUUGACGAACACAUCAAGCAACAUGCAGUACUUUGUAUGGAGAAGAGAUGACUGUGGCAAUGACUACACGUGGCACCGAAGUCUUGGCCUCUGCUACAAGAUCUACACCUCCAGGAAGACCUGGUUCCAAGUGAACACUACAUGCCAUCAAGACGGCGGAUAUCCUAUCAAAGUGGACAGUGCUGACAUCAACGCACUUAUGAACAAGAUAUCCGAUUCUCAUUAUGACCUAUUCUGGCUGGGUGGUUUUCUCCAUGGAAUUUGGACAUGGCCCGAUGGAAGUAUCAUCAAUCCGUUCUUCUGGGACGAUGAUCAACCAGAAGAUAUUGCGGAGAAGUGUAUCUUGAUAGAGAGACCAAAAAAAAACUUCAUAAGGAGGUGGCAUGACUUUCCAUGCACACAUGCCACUAAGUUCGUGUGUCAGCUUCCUCUGAAAGGAAAGCCCCUCCGUUGACAAUAGGUAACAAGAUGUCUCAUAUUUACUCAGCAACAAAAGUUCCUGUG